UCUCUCAAAUCCAAAAAUCAUAAAAGGUUUUUCACGUUCUUUUUCUAUUUUGUUUUCCACUCACUCAAACAUACAUACGAGCACAUUGAUGCAUUGAGACAUAUGUGUAUACAAUACGGAAUAAAGAAACGUAAAUAAGCGGCAACCCUCAGAUAUAUACCUGCUCAUUUUGCAAAUAUACCGUAAAUAUACCGAGGAAAAAAUUUUACUGUUUGUAAAUUCUUCUUGUGGCCGGUGAAAAUCCUCCAGCUGAACCUUCGGGCCUAGUAUGGAGCGGACAGACAGUCAUACACGGGUUGGGAUGUCAACCCAAACGUCGGUGGAAAGCGUGGCUGCUACUACCGGCGGGCACGUGGAGGAGCAAUCCUCUCUGCGUGUCGCCAGCGGUCACACCUCUGAUAUGGCGGGAACAGGUCAUAUCAGUUGCAAUGCUACUGCCACAAAGACUCACUCCAAGCUGAGCCACACGGGUGCCGUAGUCGUCACAGACUCGGACCUGGAGAGCGUGCUCUCGGCCAGCAGGAUGCCGGAAGAUACCCUUCUUCGCUCGCUUGAACCAGGUACCAGCUCCUUGCGUAGGGAAGGGCCGAAGCGUUCCAAGGAGGGGAUGAAGGCUAAAGCCCAAUACAAGGCAGCCCUUAAAAUCCAAAAGCGGCUCCAAGGCAGAGAGGACAUCACCAAAGAGGAGAAGUCCAAACUAGCCUGGGCUGAGCAGAAGGUAGAAGAGGGUCGUCUGCACUUCGCGCAGAUGCCGCAAAUGAAGGCGUCGAACGGCGGAUUUGCCAACAAGGUGGAGGAGAUGCUCGCCACCAAAAGGCAACGUUCGACCGAGAGCGCCAUAAAAGACACUCCGGCGAGCAAGCGGCAACGCUGUACCAAGGAUGCGGGACCUCCACCCAAAACGGCGAAGAAGCCUAACCAUAAGGCGAAGGUCAACGAGGUGUCCAAACGACACUUGAUCGUGGCACUCAUCGACCGGAGCGACGAAAACGGCAAGAUGACGGCGGCGCGCUGGAAGAUGGUGCACGCGCGGCUCGUGGAAUCGCUGUUUGCACGAAUGGAGAAGGACCCAACAGCCCACAUGCCUACGUUCGAUGGUGCUGGGUGGCUGAACGGAGUCAAAAUACUGAAAUGUAUGGACGACCCCACACUCAAGUGGCUGAAGCAAACGGUCUGCCAAUUGGAAGCGAUGUGGGAGGGGGCCAAACUGGAGGUGGUGGACAGGGAGCUAAUCCCCUCCAUACCAAAGGCGAAGGUACUCUUCCCCAUCGCAAUCCAAGGGGACCGUGCGCUUAAGCUCUUACAGCGGCAGAACCCGGACGUGCCAACGGCGAAUUGGAGGAUCCUGCACAUUGCGAGCCCUCUACCCAACGAGGGAGGCCAAUGUGCGAUCCUCCAAAUCAGCAAGCAGGCAGAGGACCUGCUGUACCCGAGAUUUGGGAAGAUGGCGUGGGGCAUGGGAAGCGUCUACGUGCGCCUCAAGAAGCGCCACCCCGAAGACAAGGACGCACACACCCUGCUGGCAGGCGAGGUGGAGAAGGACCUCGGUUUGGAUACCAUCGUAGAGGCCGGCCAUGGUCUGGACGACUCGGAAGAGGACGGUGACCUGACAGUAAUAGUCAAGCCGUCGAGUAAUGUUGAGCCAGCCACCCAUGACAAUGAGGCUCAAUCUUCAUAAAAACAAAGUCGCGUCGACGUAGGUCCGUAACGAUCGCACUGAUGACCUGACUGCGGUGAUCCUUGAAAGCGAGGACAAGCGCCUCAUGUUAGCGUCCUGCUACAUGUCACACGACAGGCCAGCUUCACCAGAAGAGCUAAGGAGUCUGGUGGCGGAAGACAGCCCCAAAGACCAGCAACUUCUAACUGCUACCCUAUCCUGGAUCUGCACAACAGGAACAAUAUAGGGAAACUGAAGUCGACCAACCAGCAUGCCUAUGCCAAAGGGAAAUCGGUGGAGACGGUACUGCAUUCGCUAGUAACAUCAUUGAGAGAGCCCUUCACAAUAAAAAGUAUGCUCUAA